CAGCAAUGAAAGAAGUUAAAAUGGCAGCAAAAAUCACAGAUUUUUUCAAAAUUGAACCAAAAUCAUUAAAAGUUGAUGAAGAAAUUAAAAUUUUACCGCCAAUUCGUAAGUGUCAAGUAGUUCUACAGGAUAUCAAUCAUAAAAUUGGAAGCAACGAGCUGAAAUUAUUUGAAAAAAUAUCAUUUAAAGGAAAGCAUAUUUGCAAAUAUUGUGGAGAAGAGUUUACUCAGCAAUGGAAUUUAAUAAAACACAUGAAAAUGAUUCAUCCAUCUGAGCUCACCUUAUUUAACUGCCCAAUAUGCAAUCAACGAUUUGAUAAAAAGUCCUUUAUGGAAGUUCACAUGAAAAAGGAACAUUCUAAUGGGCAAAUUAUUGAAAAGAAAUUUGAGUGUGAUAUUGAUGGAAAGAUUUUUAGUUCUAAGGUUAAUAUUAAAGUACACAUGAUUUGUCAUCUACCUAUGGUUGCAUGUUCAAUGUGUCCUAAAAUUUUAAAACCUCAUUCCAUGAGAAUUCAUUUGAACAGAUUUCAUACACCUGAUAAGAAGUAUUUUUGUGAAAUUUGUCCAAAACAUUAUGGAACUAAACAAUUAUUAAAAAUUCACAAAAAAACUCACAAGAAACGAUUUGAGUGUACAAUAUGCAACAAAAUGUUUUCACACAAGAAUCACUUUAAAUACCAUAAGAAGUGUGUUCAUGAAAAUCCUAGAAACUUCGAAUGUGAAAUUUGUGGUCUGAAAUUCAACGAGAAACGUUUUCUUUUAAAGCAUCAAGUAAUUCACAAUAAAAAUCGCAUAAAAUUGUUUAAAUGUCAACGAUGUGAAUGUGCGUUUGAUAAUAAUUACAAUUUAAAAAAACAUCAAAAAGCACACGAACGUCAAGACAAAAAAGUUGCAUUGAUGGAAAAUCCAUUAAAAUGUAAUCUCUGUCAAAAGUUUUACAAAAAUGAGAAAUCAUUGACCAUUCACCUGCUUCGUGUUCAUCCGAAAAAUUUGUAUCAAUGUGAUUUAUGUGCCCUAUUUAUUAAAGCUAAGAGUUUGUUACUCAAACAUUUAAAUAUUCAUCUUCGUAGUUAUUUAAGUGUCAAGAAACCGUAAAUCAUUUUAAGGAUCGUAAAAUUGACCAGCCAAAUAAUUGUUAAGC